AGAAGUAUACGGACUCAAUCUGCGCAUGCGCUCUAACUCUACGCGGGUAAGUUCCAUCCAUUGAACUCGUGGUUACUCGUGAUAGAGGUCUCAUCCUCUAGCUCUAGUUUCUUCAUCAUCCUCUUCCAAGAAGCUACCAGAAUAUACGGUGGAACCACGAGACAGGAUGAUACUACUCCGAAAACUACUCCGUGCCAUUUACAGUAAUACUCCGGGCACUUUCACUUGUAAUCUUGUGUAAACUCACAAUAUGGCGGCAGCUCCUACUCCAAAGAAAACGCGCAGUGAAGCAAAAGGAAAAGUUAAGGGAGCUAGCAAAACUCCCCAAAAUGAUAUAUUUAAGAAAACACAAGAGCCGCCGUUUGAAGACUACUGGCCCAAGAGCGAGGUAUCGGCUGGCCUCAAGAAAGGGACAUUACUACAAGGAAUAUUCAGAAUCAGUGCCAUUGACUAUAGCAGAGCUUAUAUCAGUGAUCCAAUGGGAGGUCCUGAUUAUAUUGUCCUGGGGGCGUGGCCUAGAAACAGGGCAAUGGAUGGAGAUGAAGUCGCUUUUUCUGUAUUACCUCCUGAUGAAUGGCUUCAGAACGGAGCUGACGAGAAGAUGAAGGUGUCAAAUAUUAAAGAUUUGAGUUCAGAGAGUGACUCGGACGAGAUCUCACCAGUAGCUACUGCUGACGAGGAAACUGACCAACCUACUCUAAUUGAUGCCCUUUAUGGGAGCAGCAAGUCAAUGGGUGUGGUCAAAACCACUGUAGACGAACCUAUUUUAGAAGACAAUGUUAAAUCAUUAAGAGUUUAUACAAGAACAGCUAAAGUUGUGUAUAUAAUUCAAGCAAGUGGCCGGCGUGCUGCUGCUGGUUAUUUUAAAAUUUUUAAUAAAUCUCUCGGUCUUGCCUUAUUCUCUCCUCGGGACAGUCGGCAGCCAAGGACCGUCGUACCUUUGAGCUGUCUUCCUGAAGAUUAUGCAAGCAAUCACAAAAAAUACGAGAAAUCGUUAUUUAUAUGUAGGAUAAAAGACUGGAAGAUCACUGAUCCUUUUCCUACUGGUGAGUUGUUACGUAGCAUUGGUGAGGCUGGUGACAUAGUUCCAGAGACUGAGUCCAUCCUAACUGAGUAUGAUAUUGACACUGAUGAGUUUCCACCUGCAGCAACUGAAUCAUUGCCACUAGUUAAUGGACAAUGGACCAUACCACAGGAUGAGCUUGCUAAGAGGAGGGAUUUCCGUAGCGACUGUGUCUUUACCAUUGAUCCAUCAACUGCCAGAGAUCUUGAUGAUGCUAUACACUGUAAAAGCUUAUCCAAUGGUGUGUUUGAAUUGGGUGUUCAUAUUGCUGACGUCAGCUAUUUCGUACGUCCUGGUACUCUUUUAGAUAAAAUGGCGUCAGAGAGAGCAACUAGUGUAUACCUUGUACAAAAUGUUAUUCCGAUGUUACCUAGGAUUUUAUGUGAGGAGUUAUGCAGCUUGAAUCCUCAGCAGGAUAGAUUAACAUUUUCUGUUGUUUGGAAGCUUACCGAAAAAGGAGAGUUACUGGAUGAAUGGAUGGGUCGAUCUAUCAUACACAGCAAAGCAAAACUAAGUUAUGAAGAUGCACAAAAAAUGAUUGAUGAUCCACAGUUUUCAUGGCAGCACAGUGAUUUCCCAUGCAUUCCAGUGACUGAAGUAAUAUCAGACAUAGUUGAAUCAGUGAACAGAUUAAAUAAGAUUACUAAAAGGUUGAGAUUUUUAAGACAAACCCGUGGAUCUUUAAGACUUGAUCAACCUAAGCUUGUGUUUAAUAUUGAUUCCGGCACUGGCCUCCCUAAUGGCUGCCACAUCUACCAACAUAAAGAAAGCAACAAGAUGAUAGAAGAGUGUAUGUUAUUAGCUAAUAUGGCUGUUGCUCAUAAAAUAUCAGAGACCUUUCCUGAACUAGCUUUGUUGAGACGCCAUCCUCCACCUAAAGGAAAAGCAAUAGAGCACCUGAGGGAUCAGUUUAAUUUAUUAGGAGUUCAAUUUGAGUGCUCAACUGCUGCCGACAUUCAAAAAAGUUUGAAUCGGUAUAUUAGUAAAGGAAAAGAAGGGGACAAGAAACUGGAAAUGGAGAAGCUUGUACUAGUCAGUUUAUGCUGUAGAGCUAUGGAGUUGGCUCACUAUUUUUGUACGUCAGUAUACAAGGAGGAGCAGUUCCGCCAUUAUGCUCUCAACGUCCCUCGCUAUACCCAUUUCACCUCUCCUAUCAGGAGAUACCCGGACAUCAUAGUACACAGGUUGUUGGCAGCUGCUCUUGGUGAAGAAGAUGCGCCAAAAUAUUUGCCUCCAGAUAUUGAGGAUUUUGCUAAUCACUGCAAUAAGAAGAGGAAGAAUGCAAAGACAGCAGAAGAACUAAGUAGUAGCCUAUUUUUAGGCGUUUUUAUCAGAAAGUGUGGUCCUAUUGAUCAAGAAGGCAUUGUCUGUGCUGUUUUGGAUAAAUCAUUUGACGUUUUGCUACCAGAGCUAGGAAUUAUUAAAAGAAUAUAUUGUCAAAAAUUGUCACUGGACAGUUACAAGUACGAGUUAUUGAAGGAUAAAGGAUGUGAAUCUCCUCAGCUUCAGUUGAUAUGGAGCUCAGAGAAGAAGGACACUCCUCCAAUCUUACAGUUAAUUAAAGUUUUUAAUCCUGUUAAAGUACUUCUUUCAUCUAUUAAAAAUUCGCUUCAAUUUGAAGCUAGUCUAGUUCAAGAAAGAAGUCAUGAAUAAUUAAUGAGCUGAAAAUUAUAAUUUCUAAUGACUAUGAAUACAAUUAAGAACACUCCCA